AUGGCAGCGAAAGUGAAGCCGUGGCGGUGCUGCGUUGGCGGCGGCGGCAGGAAGAUGGGGAAAGAGGCCGUGGGGCUGGUAGUUCUGGCGACGAUGGUGGUGAUGAGCAGCGCCGGGUUCGACUUCGGCGGGUCCAACGGCCUGAGCAUGCAGUACUACGUCAUGAACUGCCCGCUGGCCGACCAGAUCGUGAAAGGGACCGUCAACGCCGCGCUGCAGGCGGACCCGACCCUGGCGGCGUCGCUGGUGAGGAUGCACUUCCACGACUGCUUCAUCCAGGGCUGCGACGCCUCCGUCCUCCUCGACUCCACCAAGGACAACACCGCGGAGAAAGACUCCCCCGGGAACCUCAGCUUGAGAGGCUACGAGGUCAUCGACGACGCCAAGGACAAACUGGAGCAGCAGUGCCCCGGCGUCGUCUCCUGCGCCGAUAUCGUCGCCAUGGCGGCGAGGGAUGCCGUGUUCUUUGCCGGAGGUCCGGUGUACGAAAUACCCAAGGGGAGAAAGGACGGGAAGAGGUCCAAGAUCGAGGAUACCAUCAACUUGCCGUCUCCCUUCCUCAAUGCCUCCGAGCUCAUCCGCACUUUUGGCCAACGUGGCUUCUCUGCCCAAGAAAUGGUUGCCCUUUCUGGUGCGCACACAUUAGGAGUCGCAAGGUGCUCGUCGUUUAACAGUCGUCUCAGCAAUCCAGAUCCAACCAUGAUGGACACAAACUUCGCCACCUCACUCUCCAAGACCUGCGCCGCCGGCGACAAAGCCGAGCAGCCCUUCGACAUGACGAGGAACACCUUCGACAACCUCUACUACAACACCCUGUCCAGAAAGACAGGGCUGCUUUUCUCCGACCAGACCUUGUACUCCAACCCCAAAACCAGAAACGUGGUCAACGGCUAUGCUUUCAACCAGGCCAUGUUCUUCCUCGACUUCCAGCAGGCCAUGGUUAAGAUGGGCAGGCUCGAUGUUAAGGAAGGGUCUCAAGGCGAAGUCCGACAGAAUUGCCGCAAGCUUAAUUAA